CAGAGCUUCUGUUUAGUAGCUUGUUUAGUAAAGUUUGUUUCCUGAACAUCAACAUGUAGCUGAUCAGCACACCUGAAUAUAGAAUCUGAUGAAUCUCAGCUUCUGAACACCUGAGCGCAUGUGUUAAUAGACUGCAGCCUCGCAGCUCUCUGAAUGACAAGAUGACGUCGGCCACACCCCCUUCUUCCCAAAGCCCCGCCCCUCAGAAGGUGUGCCACUCCCAGACACAGACAGACAUCCUAAAGCCUCUGCUCGGGGGGGCGGGGCACGUGAGUCAGGUGGCACGCCGGAGGCGGGUGCUAACCAAGGAUGGGCGGAGCAAUGUCCGCAUCGAGCACGUGAGUGGGCGUGGUGCUCUGUACCUGCGUGACCCCUGGACCACCUUUGUGGACAUGCAGUGGAGGUACAAACUGGUUCUGUUCAGCGCCACGUUUGUGGGAACCUGGUUCGCCUUUGGACUGCUGUGGUACCUGCUGGCUCUGGUGCACGGAGACCUGCUCGAGUUUGAUCCCCCAGCAAACCACAGUGUGUGUGUGAUGCAGAUGCAAACACUGACCGCAGCCUUUCUCUUCUCGCUGGAGACUCAGACCACCAUCGGAUACGGAUACCGCUGCAUCACGGAGGAAUGUCCGUCUGCCAUCGUCCUGCUCAUCAUCCAGCUCCUCAUCACCACCGCCAUGGAGAUCUUCAUCACCGGAACCUUCCUCGCCAAGGUGGCUCGGCCGAAGAAACGAGGCGAGACGAUUCGGUUCAGUCAGCAUGCUGUGAUAGCUAAUCACGACGGCCGACCCUGUCUCAUGAUACGAGUCGCCAACAUGCGCAAGAGUCUGCUGCUGGGCUGCCAGGUGACUGGGAAGCUUCUACAGCCGUGCGUCCCGAAGGAGGGUGAGACGGUGCGUUUGGAUCAGAAGAACGUGACCUUCAGUGUGGACACGGCCAGCGAGAGCCCCUUCCUCAUCCUCCCGCUCACCUUCUACCACACCAUCGACGAGCAGAGCCCACUGCACGGAUGGGCCAACAAGGGCGGAUGGACGGAGCCGGAUCCGGCUGAUUUUGAGCUGUUAGUGAUGAUGAGCUCCACUGUGGAGCCCACAUCAGCCACCUGUCAGGUGCGCACCUCCUACCUGCCCGACGAGAUCCUGUGGGGCUACGAGUUCCCCCCCAUCGUGUCUCUCUCUGUGACGGGCAAAUACGUGGCGGAUCUCGCGUACUUCGACAAGGUGGUGAAAACCAAGACCCCGCCCCUUUUUAACCAGACCCCGCCCAGCGCCACUGACGGUUGCCAUGGAGACGUGAGCAGCUCGGACCCGGAGAAGAUGCGGCUGGAGCAGAGCUACCGAGAGGAUGAGAAACAGACGGACGGCGGGCCUGUUAGCGUGCGCAUCAGUAACGUGUGACUCACACAAAACAUUCAACAAGAAAGUCCUUCAAACCAAGCACUGAAAUCAUUAAUGCUGCAUGAACAGCAUCAGCCCAAUAAUAUGCAAAAAAAAUAUUAACAGCACACAAACUGAAUAGGAAAAUGAAUAUUUUUGUGUAGGCCUACAGCAAAUACAUGUGGAAUACUUUUGAAAUAAUGUGCUUUUUAUAUUUUAAAAUGCAUUUUAAUUAUUUUAAGACUACAUGGAAUAUUUGUAUGCAUAAAACACACAAAUGCACAAAAAACACCUAAUUGCAUAAAUACAGCAGGAUUAUCAUUUACAUACUUAGCAUAACAAAAUUAAACAAAUAUGUCCUUAAAAUCAAGCAUUGAAAUAAUUUGUUGUGCAUGGACAGCAUCAGCCCAGUAAUAUGCAAAAAUAUACAAAAAUAAAACAUAUAAGCUGAAUAGGGAAAUUUAUAUUUUUGUGCAGGCCUAUAGCACACAGUACAUGGCAAUGCUUUUUAUACUUUAAAAUGCGUUUUAAUUAUUUUAUUUUAUGAGCUUUUAAGAGCUCAUAUUAUUUGAAAGACUACAUGGAAUAUUUGUAUGCAUAAAAACACACAAAUGCAUAAAAAGGCACCUAAAUGCAUAAACGUUUACAUACUUAGCAUAAAAAUAAACAAAAAUGUCCUAAAAAUCAAGCACUGAAAUCAUUAAUAUUGCAUGAACAGCAUUUUUAACAGCUUAUAAGCUGAAUUGGAAAAUUUCUAUUUUUGUGGAGGCCUAUAGCAUACAGUAUGUUAAAUACUUUUAAAAUAAUGUGAUUUUUAUACUUUAAAAUGCAUUUUAAUUCGUUUAUUGUAUGAGCUUUUAAGACCUCAUAUUAUUUGAAAGAUUACAUGCAUAUUUGUAUGCAUAAAAACACACAAAUGCAUAAAAAACACCUAAAUAAAUACAUAUCAUUUGUCAAGCACUGAAAGCAUUAAUAUUGCAUUAUCAGCAUCAGCCCAAUAAUAUGCUAAAUUAUUCACAUAGUAUUAGCUGAAUAGGAAAAUUGAUCAUUUUGUGCCGGUUCACAUUUAAAAGUUGAAAGUUGAAAUAAUGUACUUUUUAUAUUUUAAACAGAAAUUGUGUCAUUAUUGUAUAUUAUUAUUUUAUGAGUUUUAAUGAGCUCAUAUAAUUGAAAAGACUACAUAUUUGUAUGCAUAAAAAUACACAAAUGCAUAAAAACAGCAGAAUGAUCAUUUAAUCAGCAUUAAAAACAAAGUCCUUAAAAUCAAGCACUGAAAUUAUUAAUAUUGCAUGAAUAGCAUCAGCCCAAUAAUAUGCAAAAUUAUUAACACAGCAUAAGCAGAAUAGGAAAAUUGAUAAUUUUGUGUAUAUUCCCUAGUCUAAAUUUGCAAAUUAUGUUUAUUAAUAUUUCAUUUUAUUUCUAGCUCUAAUGAGCUCAUAUUAUUUGGAAGAUGGAAUAUUCAUAUCAAAAUGUAAACUUUCACACUUUUAAAAUAAACUAGGGAAGACAAGUGAUUAAAAUUAUGAAAUAUUUGAAAAGUUACAAGAGCUUUUCUUCUACAAUCAUUUACAUUUGAACCUAAAAUCUUGAUAUUCACUGAUGUAUGCAUCAAACACCAAACUGCAUAAAAACAGCAGAAAUAUCAUUUACCAACUUAGCAUUGAAAAAAAAAUGUUCUUAAAAUCAAACUCAGAAAUUAUUAAUAUUGAAUGAACAGCAUCAUCCCAAUAAUCGAACCGAACCGAAAAUCUUAUGUUCACAUGCAUGUUAUGCAUCAACCAUCCAAAUGCAUAAAAACUGCAAAAUUAUCAUUUACCUUCACAUUAAAAAAUAAACAAAAUGUCCUUAAAAUCAUGCACUGAAGUCACUGCAUGAUCAGCCCAAUAAUACACACAAUUAUUAACACAGCAUAAGCUAAAGACUGAUUAUUGUGUAUAGCUGCUCACAUGAAAUACUUAGAAGUUAAAAUAAUGCGCUUUUAUAUAUUUUAUAAAUAUGACCUUCCCUUCUACACAUAAAAUACAUUUGAACCUGAAGUCUUGAUAUUCACUGACAUGUUAUGCAUCAAUCACCCAAAUGCAUAAAAAAAACACCAGAAUUAUCAUUUACCCACCGUAAUGCAUAGAAGAAGAAAAAAGUUCACAGCAGGCUAUUUAUGUUGCAGUUGUAAUUACUGUAUAAUUAUAUGGUUUAUUAUUGCAUGUGCUCUCGCCUUUCAGAACGAACCUGUGAUUGUUUCAUGCAUGUGCUGUGUGAAUGUGUUCCUGUGAUUCACCACAUUUUCUGCUUUAGUGACUCUGACUGAAUGUUACUGUAAUGAUUUUGCACUUUGGGGUCAUUAGGAGCGUUUAUUAUCCUAACGAAUCUGACAGCACUUUAGUACUGUACUCUCCUCUCUCUUUAUACGGAGAGACAUUAAUGCAGCGGCUCAGAAAAGUGAAAGUAAUUCUGAGAAAAUCUGCAGCAUUUGCUUUGAUUUUUAUUUUUUUUGUAUCUAAUUUCAGGAUAAAUAUUUAUACAUGUAUUUGUCUAGCACUGAACUACUGGAAUAAUCCACCGGAUGUACAGGGAUGCCUCAAUUUCCACGUUAAUAAACAGAUAAAGAUAUGCUUAAUCCGAUGCUGAUAAAUGAGUGUAUUAUUUGCACAGCAUGUGUUUUGUCUUUUAUUACUGAAGUGUCCAUUUUAACAACACUCAGAAAGUGCUAGUAAAUUUCACAAAUAAUUUUUU